AUGAGCUGGUUGCAGACACACGAGGUGGCUAUUCCGUUCUACGAGGUUCGCGCAGGCAAGCAGGUUUUCGCCAUCCAACUGCAGGAGCGACCUCUUCGACAGGAGGAGCUGGCACGUAACUGGUCUAGUAUCACGAGUACAAGCUCCCAACAGUUUUUACUGGAAGAUGAGAGCAACAGUAUGGUCGGCAACAGCUCCGGGGUCUGUAUCGCAGCUAUGCGAUCGUAUUCACAAUUCCGCAAGCUUUGGCGAGACCUGAUCCGUGCUACGAAGACGCCUUCGACUGCCUCGUUGUCACGCUCCAACAGCGCCGAUCCGACCCACACUGGACGUUCAUCGAGCCGGUUAUUGGCGAAUUCUUUUCAGUCCUUGUCCGUGUCGGAAGUCGAGUCCUCGUCUUCUUGCAGAUGCCGCAACUGGAACUGCACUUUUCGCAGUCUCCACUACUUUCUCAAGAGUUAUCCGUUCCCAUCGAAGUUCCUGAUGAAGCGUAACACUCCAGCCGUGUUGGAGAAUCGUCGUCAAGGCUUGGAGCUGUUUAUCACUACUGUACGAGGACUCUUCGAUACCUUCCCUCGCCCAUUUCUUCAAAGUGUCGAUGCGUUGGGAAACUGUCAGGUGCUGAUGGCUCUGAACGCCUUCUUUGACGUUAACGAGAAGCACCAAGUCAACUCAACGCCAUGCACUGCGCUGAAACUACCCUCAUCUUCAAAAGCUCGAUGUAGAUCGGGUAGCACCGUUAGUGACACUACCACUUGCUUCAGCAGUAGCAGUCGAAGCGCAGUUAGUAGCAGGGAUACCGACAAGGACAGUGGCGCCAAUGUAUACAUCGAAGAAGACCCUCUCACCGGAUCUGGGGUCGAGUAUUACCUCCGAGAUGACGAUUCAAACUCCAGCAACGAUAACUCUAACGACUCAGAUUUUGAUCUUCAAGAGCUUGAAGAUUUCCCAGCGUUCGGUGCCAGAUCCAAUGGCAAGUUUGGUGUCAAGUAUGAUCGAAUCUCAUCCAAGUUCAUGACCUCUCAUCCUGCCGGACGGUCUUCGAAUAAACCAACAAAGCUGCAACCUGCGAGUCACAGAUCUCGAUACCACCGCGGUGUUAACAUCCGAAGUCAUACUGCGUUCCUAGCACGCCAUCCGUCCAUGUCAAAGCGUGCAACUUCUAAUGUCACGACACCGCAAACCUUGCUGCCUGGGCUUCCCAAGCUGAAAGUACCCGAAUCUUCGAUCCGCUCAUUUCUCGAUGAAUUCCGGGACCAUCUUCUGAUGGACUCACAAGCUCUUGGGAACUCGUCGAUACCAGUCGAUUGGGACGAAGACCGGCAAUGGGAGUUGGCGUUGUAUGUGGCAAGUCAAAUUGGUCAUGCUUACGCGGUAGAAUCCAUUUUGUACCGCGGCACGAACCCCAACGCAGUGAUGGAGGAUGGCUUGUCGAGCUUACAUGUAGCUUGUCGCGGUGGUCACCGGGGUAUUGUAGCGAUGUUACUGACUCACGGAGCUGACACAAACAUCACGGACUUCAACGGGGUAUCACCUUUGCUAGCUGCUGUACAGCUGGGAGACCUAGAGAUCGUGGAAAUGCUUGUGGAAUAUGGUGCAGAUGUGAAUCUGUGCAACAAGGACAGUAUAUCUGCUGUGCAUGUGGCGGUUGCAUGUCAAACGCUGCCUAUACUUCAGCUUCUACUGGAAUACGACGCCUUUGUCAACACGAAAAACACUUUCAACGGCAAAACACCUCUGCACCUUGCUGCCCAAGCCGGUAGUUUGCCUAUGUGCAAGCUGCUUCUGAAUUACGGAGCCAACAUUCACCUCGAAACGACUCGAGGACUCGACGUUGUGGCACUUGCUAAGUCACAUGGCCACGAGAAUGUUGCGAGGUUCUGCCUCGUUAGCAGCAACCACGGUUCAGCAAAGAUGGCACAUACUACUGCGGGUGCUUCGACCUCGAAGUGCAGUGAUGAAGUUAGAAUCGUCUCUGAAGACGGGUACGCUUACGCUGUAUUGUAA